AUGGUGAAAUUCAUUAUACCAUGUCUAAUAAUACUACUAGUAGUGAGUUUACGAAAUAUUGUUCAUGCGCAAGAUCAAACUUGUACAAAGAAUAAUGAGGCUUGCGUUAAAUUGAAUGAAAUUUUGUUACCUUGUGGUGGGGCAUUUGGUCCUCCGCCUAUUGACGUUAUAAAAAGUCAAACUCCUUUUGAAUAUAAUGUGGCCGACAAGAGUUUGGCACUUUGCAUGUGUAAUGAAGAUGCAUACAAUACACUGUCAACCUGUUUAUUAUGUUUUGGAAAUAAUUACAUUAAAGCGACAAAGUUCACACAUUAUCAAAAAACUUGUCAGGAUUUUGGCAUUUCAUUUGGACCACCAAUAAGUAAAUCAUCGGAUUCAGCAACUACGGCAAAGUAUAUUAUAAUAGGAAUAUUUGUAAGCAUAACGUUGAUCUUACUCGCUGGAUUAUUAAUGUGGUAUUGGUACACCAAGAGAUCCAAAAGGUCUCGAAACAGGGAAAAUACUUCAUCACCAAAUGAAAGCACGAAUGAAAAUAAUAAUCCUUCAACGUCACAAAUAAUGAUUCAUCAUCCCUCACCCGGAAGUGAAACGGUGGUUUCGGAAACGUAUGAUGAUGAUUACCCACAGAUGUCAAAUGGAGGAUUACAACCUAAAUAUGAACCCAGUGCUUACUACACUCCAUCUUCCCCUCCUCCUGUUCCUCCACAUCGUACCGGUUUAUUCCCCCCUCCCGGUACGAUUCAACAACCGUCGUAUUAUCCAUCAAAUGUUCCACCAAAUGUUCCAACACGAACUCAAUAUCCUCCCGCUCCCGAUAGACCGUAUUAUAAUAACGUUACGCCACCGCCUCUUGCAUCGUCACAACAAAAUUAUUUUCCUCCGCAACAACCUUUUCUAUCGCCUCAACAAAUUUAUCAACCUUCACUUCCCGUCCCAACCAGACCUCACCCUCGACCACCGCAUUUUGAUUAUAAUCAUGACAGAGCAACUUCUCCAAAUUAUCAUCAAAGGGUGCCUACUCCCCCUCGUAAUUUUUAUAAUGGUGAGAAUUAUUAUAGUCGAUAA